UAAUAGUACACAAACGUACAACAAUGAAAGUAAUGAAGCAAGUGUAAAGUUGUGAAAAUGAAAUAAGUGUGAAAGUGUAGGAAGAAAUAUGAAAGAAGUGUUAGUUUUUGUUCAAAGUGACAAUAAAUAAAUGAGUAAAUUAAGUGUAACAGAGUUUUUGAUACAAGUGAUGUAAAAUACAAUGGAAUGAUGGCAAAGAACCAAAAAGUUGAUCUAAAUGUCCAUAACUGUAAAAGACUAUCGCUUUUUGCGUGUUUAUGUGGUGUUAUAUCCUUAUUAUUACAUACAUAUAACUAUGUAGACAAUGUAGAAAUAGAAUUCGAUGAAAGAGCUAGAAAUAUCUUACAACAGGUAGAUGAUAGGUUAGAAGAAAAAGUGCAACAGUAUUUAAGAGAUUAUGAGUAUUUACAUAGAGAGAAACGCAGUGCUAUGCUUAAACCAUCACCAGCCGAAGAGGACAACACGGUGGCUCCGCACGUGGAGUUCUUCAAUCCCAAGAUGAGGCCGGAGUUGGAGGAGAAGGAUGCUGCCGAGAUGAAGAGGACCGGGGAGAAGGGACCGGCGCCGGGAGGGGACACGUGGGUCUGGCUGACCAGCUACUCUAGGGUUCCGUACAAAGUCGUACAAGGAUUCUGCAAAGCGACCCAGGACUACUGUCCUCCCGGUGUUCAAGGACCUAAAGGUCCGACGGGACACCCCGGUCCUAAGGGUGACAGAGGGGAUGCCGGUGCCCCAGGGACACCCGGCAGCCCUGGACUGAGGGGACCGGUUGGACCACCAGGACCGAAAGGUGAACGUGGCUUCCCCGGGAACCCAGGUCUUGACGGCCGUGACGGUAUACCCGGGGAACCCGGUCUGGACGGUCUGUCCGGGAGAAACGGUGCUGAUGGUUCACCAGGUACAGAUGGGAGAGAUGGUAUACCGGGAAAAGAUGGGAGUCCAGGGAAAAACGGAAAGGAUGGUAAAGAUGGUAAAGUAGGUGCGCAGGGGCCGCCCGGAAUGCGAGGGCCUAAGGGCGACCGCGGCCCUAUCGGCCCUAAGGGACAGAGGGGCAACGACGGUCACGACGGCGCCCCGGGCAGACCAGGGUUAUCUAUAUACAACUACACUAAGGAAAACCAACUAUUUAUACCACCUACUUUUGCACUUGAAAAUCCUCGUCUAAUCGUAAGGGAGGGGGACACGAUGCGAAUGGACUGUAACCCGAAAGGUUUCCCCGAACCCAGCGUGGAAUGGAGACGAGUUGAUGGAACUCCUAUCAUACAGGGUUCGUGGCGCGACGCGUCGGUGAGCGGUCACCUGCUCAACAUACCGAACGUGUCUCGCUGGCACACGGGCAAGUACGUGUGCCUCGCCAACAACGGCAUGCUGCCCCCCGCCAACCAGACCACGCACGUGGAGGUGCAGUUCAGUCCGUACAUACGCGUGCCGGGCAACAUAGUGUAUGUGUACAAUACUACUGUGGAUAUAGAGUGCGAGGUCCAAGCGUGGCCCGAGCCGGUCCUAGCGUGGGAGCAGGAUGGCGUCACCAUAGAAGGCACCCGGUACCGCAUGGAUGUCAUCCCCACCACCGUGCCCUGGCGGUGGGUGAUGCGCCUCCAGAUACCACACGUGAAGGACCACGACCUCCGCCAGUACAGUUGUGUGGCCAAGAAUGAACUGAACAACCAGACGGUUAAGGGACAUAUUCGGUUGAUGCUCCCCGGCCCCAACCACAAGCAAGUCCAGCAGCCCAUGGAGUUCGGUUCCCGCCCGCCUGUGCUGACGUCGUACGAGGAGUUGUGCCAGGUGCAGCCGUGCCCGUCCUGCCCGCGCUGCGACCGCGCCCUGCUGCUCAUAUCCACCAUGAACGGGACGGCUGGGGGACAUAAACCGAGGAGGAAUACCAACUGCCAGCUAUACGCUAUCGGCAAGCCGGUAUAUCACCGUUUUAAAGACGAGCUGUUUGGCGCCUGGCUGAGGGAUUCUAACGCUACUGAGAACCAAAGAGACAAGCUGUGGACGACGGUGGAGGAGGAUGUAGAGCGGCUGCGGGAGUACCGCACCAAGGCCAGCUUCAAGGCCGACCACGUCGACGAGUUCCACAAGCUGCAGAAACCAUUCUUUGGCAACGGGCACAUCGUGUACAGCGGGUCGUUCUUCUACCAGGCGAACGAGUCCGGCACUCCGGGGGAUCUGGUCCGGUACGACCUGACGCAGAGCCGUAUCAAGUCCGCCCGCCUGCCGCAUGCUGCUGGCCGGCUGUACACCGCACAGCAUAAUCAGGUGGACUUUAGCGCGGACGACAACGGUCUGUGGGCGAUAUACUCCAUCGAGAACUCCAACAACACCGCCGUCGCUAAACUCAGUUUCGAUCCCAACAAGGACGACUUGAAUAUCGACUACAUCUGGAACAUAUCACUCAACCAUAAACAGAUGGGCGAAAUGUUCAUAGUAUGCGGCGUGCUGUACGCGCUGGACUCGGCGACAGAACGAGAGAGCAAAGUCACAGUGGCCAUUGACCUAUACCAGAGUAAGCCGGUGGAGGUCCAGCUGCAGUUCACCAACCCCUUCCGGAAGACCACGCAGCUGGGAUAUGAUCACUCGAUGAAGGAGUUGUACUCAUGGGACAGAGGGAACCAGCUCACUUACCCAGUCCGCUACAACGAGGUGCCAGGUCCAUAGCGGCGCAGAACCGACAAUAGCUUUAUUGUUGGUCUGCUCAGAUUCCUGCAACUUGGGUUUUAUAUACCCAUGGGCGUACCGAGAGAGGGC